AGAGAGAUAGAGGGAGGGAGUCACGUGAUGGAUGGGAGAGAGAAAGAGCCAAACAAAAAAGAAAGAAAGAAAACCCAAAAACUGCUUUCAAAGUCGCAGGCUGUUUCACAUAAUAUCUACUGUAAGGUAGCUCGGUGUCUCUCAAAGUUACUGCUCUCUCGCUGUGUGGGUGGCCAGUGUCGUUGCAAGAGAGAAGAGAGAGUGACCAAGAAAAAAACCCAAGGCAUAUAUUUCUCUUUGCAUUUCUUGCAGCGAGUGAAUGCUUUCUCAGCUCUCUGUGAGUCUCUGCUUGGAGUUAGAAAGUUGUAGAGAGAAGUACUGUGAUAGAAAUGCAGCAGCACCUGAUGCAGAUGCAGCCCAUGAUGGCAGCCUAUUACCCCAACAACGUCACCACUGAUCAUAUUCAACAGUAUCUGGAUGAGAACAAGUCACUAAUUUUGAAGAUUGUUGAGAGCCAGAAUUCAGGAAAACUGGGCGAGUGUGCAGAGAACCAAGCAAGGCUACAGCGAAACCUUAUGUACCUGGCUGCAAUUGCAGAUUCUCAACCCCAACCCCCUACCAUGCAUGGUCAGUUUCCCUCCAGUGGCAUUAUGCAGCCAGGAGGGCACUACAUGCAACACCAACAGGCUCAACAGUUGACUCCACAAUCGCUCAUGGCUGCACGCUCCUCCAUGUUGUACAGCCAACAGCCAUUUUCAGCACUGCAACAGCAAUUACACAGCCAGCUUGGUAUGAGCUCUAGUGGAAGUGCCGGACUUCACAUGAUGCAAAGUGAUGCUAGUCAUGCGGGAGGCAGUGGGCCACUUGGGGUUGGAGGGUUUCCUGAUUUUGGUCGUGGCUCCACCGGAGAAGGCUUGCAGGGUGGUAGGGGGAUGGCAGGUGGAAGCAAGCUAGAUAUUGGGAGUGCUGGGUCUGCUGAAGGGCGAGGGGGGAGCUCCACAAGCCAUGAUGUUGAUGGGGGUGAGACUCUUUACUUAAAAGCUGCCGAUGAUGGGAAUUGAGAGGUAAGAAUGAAGAAUUAGUCGUUGGUUAGCAUCUGAACUUAGGAAGACAUAGGUGAGAAAUAUGAAUUUAGGUGGAAAAAGAGAGACUUGCUGCUUAAAGUACUUUGUCACUUUAUGCGACAGUGCUGAGGAUUUACCCUCAAACCUGUGUGUUUAAGUUUUCUAAAGUAGUCAGAAUGAUGCAUCCUGUGGUUGUGUAUCAUGCAUGUAAAUUUGUAGGUCAUAUUGUGAUGUGUUUUGCUGUUCUGUCA